AUGGCGGAGCUGCAGGCGGGCGGCACCCAGGUGGCCGCGUCGCCGAGGCUGCCGGCGGGGAGCGCGCCGGGCCGCACGGGCGCCGAGGACUCGGGCUGCGGCGAGCUCGUGUGGGUGGGGGAGCCCGCCGUGUUCGGGCAGGCCGACUCCAUCGCCGGCAAGUACGGCGUGUGGAUGCGCGACCCGCAGCCCGUGGCGCCCUUCACGCGGGCCACCACGUGGCGCGUGGACACGGUGGGCACCGAGGUGCGCCAGCUCUUCCAGUACGACGAYGCCGAGCAGUUCGCCAAGGGCUACCCGGCCAAGGUGCACAUCCUGCCGCGCGCCAUGGAGAGCACCGGCGCCGUGGUCUUCCGCGGCGGCCUCUACUUCCAGCAGCGGCGCUCCCGCCGCCUGGCCAAGUAYGACCUGCAGGCAGAGGCCAUCGUGGCCGAGAGGGAGCUCCCCGGCGCCGGCUACCACGGGCAGUACCCCUACUCCUGGGGCGGCUACACCGACAUCGACCUGGCCGUGGAUGAGUCGGGGCUCUGGGUCAUCUACAGCACCGAGAAGGCCAAGGGGGCCAUCGUGGUGUCCAAGCUGGACCCGGACACGCUGGAGGUGCAGCGCACGUGGGAGACCAACAUCCGCAAGCAGUCGGUGGCCAACGCCUUCAUCAUCUGCGGCGUCCUCUACACCAUCAGCAGCUACACGGCCCCCAACGCCACAGUCAACUUCGCCUACGACACGGCCACGGGCACCAGCCGCCUCCUGAGCGUCCCCUUCCAGAACCGCUUCCAGUACGUGAGCAUGGUGGACUACAACCCCGCGGAGCGGCAGCUCUUCGCCUGGGACAGCUUCCGCAUGGUGGCCUAUCCCAUCCGGCUGGCGCAGGCCUGAGGGCCGCGCGC